AUGGAUAGAAAGUCUGCUAGAAUAAAAGCAGAGUUACAAAGAUAUGGUUGGAGAGUUUCGAAGAAUUUUAAAUAUAGGAAGGGAAGACCCAUAAAAGUCUAUGACAAAUUGUCUGGUCUUCGCUACGAAAUGGAUUUGGAAACAGCACGUGCCAAUUAUCCAAACAGACUAGAGAGGUUAGAAGAAGAACGUCUUAUGGACAUGCCUUUCGAUGUUAGUGAACCUCAAGUUGAAGGACACGACGGCUUUGCCAGAUUCUACUGGAAACAUGACGAACAAUUGCAUCCUUUGAGAAGGAAAAAAGGAAAAGGUGAAGACGCACAUGCUCCCAUGGAAAGAACAAGAUAUGCAUAUGAAAAGUAUCGUGAAGUUAGAAGUCAAAUUACAUCUGGUCGAACCUUUACAGUAAACUUUGACGAAGGAAAGAACAAAGAAGGCUUCAUGGGAGUACUUGCUGCAAUUCAAGACGGAAAUAAGAAAGGACACAAUCUCAGAUUGACCAUAACAGAUUUGGAUGGUCACAUUUACUAUGCACAUGGCAAUGAACAAACAGCCGCAAAACUUCUUGACGCUUUCAAGACUACAAAGAGAGAACAAAUGGUUGACUCCGACUCAGACAUUUUGAAUGCAAUUGAAGGAAUUGCAAGUGUCAAGUUCGAAUGGUACCAACCUAACCCUCAAGCAGUCAGACAACAUGCUGGAUACUUCCCCUUCAUAAAUAAGUCUGACAUUGACUUGACAAGGUAUGGAAUUUACAAUUCAAUUGAAACAAUUGUCAAUGAACCUUGUAUUCUUACAUGUCUCAGGAACUCUGGUCUUGUUACAGAUGAGAAGAUGAAGUAUCUUGAGUCAU